AUGGCACCCCACUCAAUGGCCAGAGGCCUGGUGAUCCUGAAGAACGAAAACAGCAGGGUCGAGUUCCAGAUUCCAACAUGGAAACUCCGUCCGAGGCAGCAGUCCCUCAGCCAGUCGGCCAAGGCCUUGAGCCGCUACUAUAGGAAGAUGAGUGAGGUCAGUACUUUACAGGACACCAAGCCGCAGGACUUGGGCUUCAUGUCCCAGAUGGAGAGGCUGCAGAAGGCAUUUCUCAAGCGUCCCGGCUGCCCCCAGCUGAACACCAGAGCCACAUCCAUGUCCCACUGCGGUCUGCCAACGCGGGUGACUGUCCCCGAGGAAACAGGCAGAGGCUUCAAGUACCCCUGCAUGACCAAGGUCUCAGUCUCCUGUGAGAAGCUCCACAGGACAGAGAGUGCGGAGCAGCUCUUGCCCGUGAGUAAGAGUGCCUGUGAGCUCUCGUACCUGCGCAGGAGCUCGUCAGAGAGUCUCAGCCCAGUGAGCAGCAGCCUGGGGCUGGAGCACAGGGUCCCCCAGAAGAGGACCCCUUGGUACAUCACUGUCAUCCAUGACAAGGAGCACUGUCUGAUGAUGCUGGUGGAGGAGCUGCAGCGGUUUUCCAGGCUGGAGGCGCAGCUGCAAAAGAAAGACCAGGAGAUCCGGGAGCUGCAGGAGAAGCAGGAGCAGCUGAGGAAGCAGCUCCGGGCCAUGCUCCACACCAAGGGCCAGGAGAGCAGCCUGCUGCCCAAGGAGGAGGACCUGGAGGGUGGCAUCCCUAAAGAGUCGCUGCAAUGGGGCAGUGCUGGGGACUUUGGGCAGUGCCACCUGCACCCCUUCCCUGCUGGGCUCCUCCAGAUGCAGGAGGACGACAGCACCUCCCUCGAGGACGAGGACGACAGGGAGGAGGGCGACAGAGGCCUGGAGCAGGAAGUGUCCGACUUCAAGGAUGAGGACCUGGAACUGGGGCAAGACCUGGAUGGCGUCAGCAGAAGCAGUUUAGUCCUGGAGCAAGAGGAAGUGCUGGAUGAGGAAGAGGAUGAAGUGCUGGAGCUGGAGGAGGAGGAGGAGCAGGAAAUGCAGCACAUCAGGAGGUCCCUGGAGAUGGACCACGCGCUCCACGAGGAGCUGCUGGGGCAGCUGCAGGAGCUGGAGCAGGUGAUGCAGGAGUUCCAGGAGGAGCUGGAGGUCACCAGGAACAACUAUUCCCUGGCCACAGGGGCCAUCACCACACUGCUGAGGCAGGUGGAGUACCAGGAGUCUCAGCUACGGAAGGUGAACACGGAAAACGAGAAGCUGGAGAAGGAGCUCCGGGAGCGCAAGCACCAGCUGCGGGCCAUGUCUGACAAGUUCUCCAACCUCCGAGAAGAGAAGAAGCAGGUGGAGCUGCUGGGACAGACAGAGAAGGAAAACAUGCUCCUGCGACAGCAAGUGUCGAUGCUGGAGGAGGAGCUGCUGGCUCGGGACAAGACCAUCUUGGAGCUGAGUGACAAGGUCACAGGGCUGCAGGGACAAACGGAGCAGCAGCUCAGCCAGCUGCAGAGGUGGGGGCAGCUGCAGGAGGAGCUGCAGGCCAAGAUGGAGGUCACGCGGCAGGACGAGCAGCAGACGCGCGUGGCCCUGGAGAGCACCCAGGCGCGGCUGGAAAGACUGAGGAACAAGAUCCUGCAGGCCACCUUCAGCAGCACCAGCGUGAACAAGACCAUCACCGCUGAGAUCACGGACAGUGAUAUCCUCGAGUCCCUACAGACCAUCAUCAGCGAGAGAAGCGAGCACCUGGGCCAGCUGAAGCAGAAGGGGCCGCCCAGGGCGGCCCAACUGAACCAUUCGGAGUCAGGGAUCAAGGCCAAGAAGGCCACCAGCAAGUAG